AAACACCUGAAGGUUUUCGAAGCUUCAGCUACAGGAAAUACAGAAACAGAAAAAAAACUCAGACACUCAUUUUUUUGUAAGAAGAUCCCUGUAAUCUUCUUCCUCGAUCAACAUGUCACGCUGGGGGCGAAAAAAUGUGAAGAAGACACCUGAGGUGAUCCGCACUGUGACAGAAGGGCUCAAAUCGUUGUAUCGUCAGAAGCUUCUGCCUCUGGAGCAGCACUACGGUUUCCACGACUUCCACUCCCAAAGUCUGGAGGAUGCAGACUUUGAUAACAAGCCGAUGGUGCUGGUGGUGGGACAAUACUCCACUGGGAAGACAACAUUCAUCAAGUAUCUACUCGAGCAGGAUAUUCCCGGAAGCAGGGUGGGACCCGAGCCCACCACAGACUGCUUCACUGCCAUCAUGCAUGGGGAGGUGGAGGGAGUCAUCCCUGGGAAUGCCCUUAUUGUGGACCCCAACAAACCUUUCCGCAAACUUAACCCCUUUGGAAACACUUUUCUCAACAGGUUUCAGUGUGCCCAGAUGCCCAACCAGGUCCUUGAGAGCAUCAGCAUAAUUGACACCCCGGGGAUCCUGUCAGGUGCCAAGCAGAGAGUGAGCCGAGGUGAGAAAGGUGGCAAAGGUGCCAAAGAUGGCAGAGGCUACGACUUCCCAGCUGUCCUGCGUUGGUUCGCGGAACGUGUCGACCUCAUCAUUCUUCUAUUUGACGCCCACAAACUGGAGAUAUCAGACGAGUUUUCCGAGGCCAUCGGAGCCCUGAAGGGCAACGAGGACAAGCUGCGCGUGGUGCUCAACAAGGCCGACAUGGUGGACACCCAGCAGCUUAUGAGGGUGUACGGAGCGCUCAUGUGGUCCCUGGGGAAGGUGUUUGGCACCCCGGAAGUUUUGCGCGUCUACAUCGGCUCCUUCUGGUCAGAGCCGCUGAUGGUUACAGACAACCGCAGGCUGUUUGAGCUGGAGGAGGAGGAUCUGUUUGCUGACAUCCAAAACCUUCCUCGAAAUGCAGCUUUACGCAAGCUCAAUGACCUGGUCAAGAGGGCGCGUCUGGUCAGGGUCCAUGCCCAUAUCAUCAGCCAUCUGAAGCAGGAGAUGCCAUCUGUCUUCAGGAAGAUCAAUAAAAAGAAGAAUUUGAUCUACCAGCUGCCUGUUAUCUUCUCCAAGAUCCAGCUGCAGCACAACAUUUCUGCUGGAGACUUCCCAGAUUGUGCUAAAAUGCAGGAGCAACUGAUGGUUCACGAUUUCACCAAGUUCAAAACCCUGAAGCCUAAUCUGAUGGCAGCCCUGGAUGAGUUACUGUCCGCUGACAUUGCCAAGCUGAUGCCCCUCCUGCGGCAGGAGGAGCUGGAGGCAGGGGAGCAGAGAGGUGUGCAGGGUGGAGCCUUCCUCGGGACCCAUUGCGGACCGUUCUCCGAGGGCGACCCCUUUGCGGAGGAGAACGGGGAGAGAGGGGAAGAGGAGGAGGAAGACUGGGUGGUGACCAAGGACAAGCCCAAAUAUGAUGAGAUCUUCUACAACCUCGCUCCCAAUGAGGGGAAACUGAGCGGCCCCAAGGCUAAGGACUGGAUGGUGAGCUCCCGCCUGCCAAACUCGGUGCUGGGUCGCAUCUGGAAGCUGUCAGAUGUAGACCAUGAUGGCAUGCUGGAUGAUGAAGAAUUUGCGCUGGCUAGCCACUUGAUUGAGGUCAAGCUGGAGGGCCAUGGUCUCCCCCCUGAGCUUCCAACACGCCUGAUCCCACCAUCCAAACGCAGGCAGAAGGGCUCUGAUGCAUAGACAUAUCACAGAGUCUCUUGAGCUGUGAGAGCUGAGAGAGACUCUUCUUUAUUUCGCUUUUGCUACUGUUUUUCUUUGCUUUUGUUUACGCCUCAACACUCAGUAAAACGUUGUAUGAGCAUUCAACAUUCAACUUUUUACUUGGACGCUGAUUUCGGUCUUGCACAAUGGAACAUAAUGUAUCAAAGCACAAGUCAGUCCUUGGAAAUUAUAUGACAAGGGCUCACUGUCAAACAUUGUCUAUUAACAAGUCACACUAGGUCAGGUUGCUUCUCCCCCCUUUGCUCCUCAAAGUUUGCCUUUCAUGAUGUGGAUUUAAACGCACAUCUACUCAUGUCUGCUGAGCACUAGUAAAUAAAGGCCGGCGCCCCUCUAAGCGAGCAGUAUUCAGCAUAAUAUAUCUGCUUAACUAUAAACUUUUCUAUAACAAAACCUUUUAAUCCAACAUUCCUUAGGAGUCGAGAUGUGAGUGGCACAGUAUUUACGAGGUGAUAUUUUGUGGGGCCUAUGUGAUUUUCCAGGAAAGAUAUCAUCUAUGAAUUUUAUCAACAAAGACUUAUUUUGUUGAACGAUUUGUUAAAAGCUUCUCAUUUUGUAACUCAAACUGGCAGCACACAUCUAAUAUUCUGCACUUCACUUUUAUGCUUUUCCAUGACACAAUUUGUACACACUUUAUAUAUUAUUUUUGUAAUUGUUGCCGUCAUUUUUUUUUUUUUUUUUUAUGUGUAGGAGCCAGACCUCAGUUGCAUUUUUUUUUCAACUAGACUGAAUGAUUGAUAUAUAACUGACUACUGUACACAGCUCCACCAACUGUUCUUAUGUCAACUAAUAUUGCAACCAAUAAAAUUCUUUGACUGUG